UUUAGUGCAAACCUUCUGAAGUACAGUAUGUCCUUAUCUAGAAGCAGGGCAUCCUUUGUGGAACAUGAAUCCUCAACUUCUACUGGGGAAAGGUCAGUGCCCAUCAGCCAUAGGCUUAGUACUAGUAGAGGAGGAAGACCAUCUGCUGCUUACAUAGGUAUUGUACCAAUGGAGAGUGUGAGCAGCUUGGGCACCAGGAUAUCCCGCAGAGCUCUCGGGAUAAGCAGUGUCUUCUUACAAGGUCUUCAUAGUUCUUGUACAACCAUACCACUAUCCCAAGGACUGGAAAAGGAACGAAUCCUAUCUUAUGAGAAUAUGAACAGAUGCUUGGUGGAUUACAUUGAAAAGGUGAAAACUUUGGAACAGGUCAACCAGGAACUUGAAGGACAUAUCCGUGCUUACCUGAACAAGAAAUCUUCCAGUGACAGUAAAUGGGGAUCUCUGAGGGAGAGCUGGGCAGCCAUUUACCAUCAGGUUGGGGAUGCAGUCCUGGAAAAUGCCCGCCUCAUGUUGCAAACAGAGAAUAUUCAAGCAUGUGCUGAAGAUGUUAAAGACAGGUAUGAAAAUGAGCAACCAUUCCGAAAGGCAGUGGAAGAUGAAAUUAACUCUCUCUAUAAAGUAAUUGAUCAUGCUAAUUUGACUAAAGUAGACCUGGAGAAUCAGAUAGAAAACAUGAAGAAAGAACUAGCUUUACUGUCAAAGAAUCAUGAAGAGGAUAUCAAAAUUCUUUACAAACAGCUUGCUUUAUCACCACUGGAAGAAUCAGAAACCCCCAUUGGAACUAGCCUGGAUGACAUUUUAAAGAAUAUCCAGAUUCACUGGGAAAAAAAUAUUGAACAAAACCAUGCUGAGACUGGCAUCUUGCUCCAAGCUAAGCAAUCCACAGAAACAGUGCCUGCUGUACAAACACAAGAGGCAGAGCUGGCUGAAUCCCUAAGGGCAGAGUUUCACGAAACAGCUUGUAAAAUACAAAGCCUGCAAGUAGAGACUGAAUCGCUGAAAACACUGAAGAGAGGCUUAGAAAACUCUCUUUAUGAUGCCAAGCACUGGCAUGAUAUAGAGCUUCAGAAUUUAGGCUCUGUCAUUGCCAAACUGGAAGCAGAAGUGAGAGAAAUCCAAGUAGAAACUGAGCAGCAGCAAAGAAAUCAUGAGACUCUACUGUCCAUUAAAACACAACUCGAGACAGACAUUGCUGCAUAUCACCACCUUCUAGAGACAGGAAACAGGUAUUUUUUUUCAUGA